AUGAGAAUGGUGAAGAGGAUGGUUGGACGCUCGAAACAAAAGAACCCAAAAGACUAUUUCGAGGAUGAGUGUCGAAGUAACCAAAUUGAUAAGUGCAAUAACGCUUUCGAAAAAAUCAUCAAAGAUUGUAAGGCUAAGGCGAAACCGAAGAAGUGUGAGAAUAAAGCGGAGAAGAUAAAAGAAGAGUUUUGUAGAGAUAAUCCACAAGUGAACUACUGUACUUCAACUAAUAUCUCUAUGACGACAGUUGAGAUCACGACAACAGAACCAACUACGACUGAAACUACAACUCUUCCUACCACAACAACUACAAAGCCCACCCAACCCGCAGAAUCAUUCACUCUGACAACUACUCAUUACUUAAUUGGUGCUGGAAUACUAGGUUUCUUGAUUCUCGGAUUGGUGUUUCUUGUGAAAUGGAUCUUGGAUAAGAAGAAGAAUCCAAAAAAGAAGAAGAAAAAGAAAGAAUUCGUUUAUGAGGCUCAAUCUCGGGACCAUACUAGAACUGGAACUUGGUGA